UCGAGGCGCGGCCUUCUUUCUCAACCAAUAACAAUCGUUGUGGGCGGGUUUUCACUGACAGCCUUUCAGAACGAGGAACUAAGCAGCUUUUGGCAGCAGAAACGGAGACAUGUGUGGAAUCUUUGCGUAUCUGAAUUAUCACGUGCCUCGCACUCGCCGUGAGAUCCUUGAGGUCCUUAUCAAAGGUCUGCAUCGGCUGGAGUACCGUGGCUAUGACUCCGCAGGUGUGGGUAUUGAUGGGGGAAACAGUAAGGAAUGGGAAACCAACUCCAAGAGCAUCCACCUGAUCAAACAAUCAGGAAAAGUGAAAGCCUUGGAUGAUGAAAUCCACAGGCAGCAGGAUGUUGAUCUUGAGGUGGAGUUCGAUGUGCACCUGGGAAUCGCUCACACUCGAUGGGCCACUCAUGGAGCCCCCAGCCCUGUCAACAGCCACCCGCAAAGAUCAGACAAGAACAACGAGUUUAUUGUCAUCCAUAAUGGAAUCAUCACCAACUACAAAGACCUGAAGAAGUUUCUGGAGAGUAAAGGUUAUGAGUUUGAGUCUGAGACAGAUACAGAGACCAUCGCUAAGCUGUUGAAGUACAUGUAUGACAACCGGGAGAGCGACAUCACCUUCGCCACCCUCGUUGAACAAGUCACCCAACAACUAGAAGGAGCUUUUGUCCUUGUCUUCAAAAGUGUGCACUAUCCAGGAGAGACAGUAGGCAGCAGGAGAGGAGGUCCAUUACUGAUUGGAGUUAGAAGUGACCACAAGCUUUCCACAGAUCACAUCCCCAUCCUGUAUCGCUCCUCUGGUAAAGAUAAAAAGAGCUGCAGUACUCUGCCCAGGUUGGACCAGGACACGUGUCUAUUUCCUGUGGAGGAGAAAGCUGUGGAAUACUACUUCGCAUCUGAUGCCAGUGCUGUCAUCGAGCACACCAAUCAGGUCAUCUUCCUCGAGGACGAUGAUAUUGCGGCAGUGAGUGACGGUCGUCUCUCCAUUCAUCGGAUCAAGCGCACCGCGGGAGACCAUCCGGCCCGCGCCAUCCAGACCCUUCAGAUGGAACUGCAGCAGAUCAUGAAGGGAAACUUCAGUUCCUUCAUGCAGAAGGAGAUCUUUGAGCAGCCAGAGUCAGUGGUCAACACCAUGAGAGGAAGAGUGAACUUUGAGAACAACACAGUGACCUUGGGAGGGCUGAAAGACCACAUUAAAGAGAUCCAGAGAUGUCGAAGGCUCAUUUUGAUCGCCUGUGGGACCAGUUACCAUGCUGGAGUUGCAACUCGUCAGGUACUGGAAGAACUGACUGAACUUCCUGUCAUGGUGGAGCUGGCCAGUGAUUUCCUGGACCGAAACACGCCUGUCUUCCGAGAUGAUGUGUGCUUUUUCAUCAGUCAGUCAGGAGAGACUGCAGACAGUCUGUUGGCUCUGCGCUACUGUAAGGAGAGAGGCGCUCUGACGGUGGGCAUCACCAACACUGUGGGCAGCUCCAUCUCAAGGGAAACAGACUGUGGCGUUCACAUCAACGCUGGCCCAGAAAUUGGUGUGGCAAGCACCAAGGCGUACACAAGUCAGUUUGUGGCUCUCAUCAUGUUCGCCCUGUUGAUGUGUGAUGAUAGAAUCUCAGUGCAGCCGCGCAGGCGAGAAAUCAUUCAAGGCCUCAAAGUGCUGCCAGACUUGAUCAAGGAGGUGUUGAGUCUGGACGACGAGAUUCAGAAGUUGGCAACUGAGCUGUAUCAACAGAAGAGUGUUCUCAUUAUGGGCCGAGGCUACCACUACGCCACCUGUCUGGAGGGAGCUUUGAAAAUCAAGGAGAUCACGUACAUGCAUUCAGAGGGGAUUCUAGCUGGAGAGCUGAAGCAUGGGCCGCUGGCUCUAGUGGACAAACUCAUGCCUGUCAUAAUGAUCAUCAUGAGAGACCAUACGUACAACAAAUGCCAAAACGCACUGCAGCAGGUGGUGGCAAGACAGGGCCGUCCAAUCGUAAUCUGCGAUAAGGAGGACUAUGAGACCAUCAACAACUCCAGUCGCACCAUUAAAGUGCCUCACUGUUUGGACUGCCUCCAGGGAAUCCUCUGCGUCAUUCCUCUACAGCUGCUCUCCUUCCACCUCGCGGUGCUGCGCGGAUUCGACGUUGAUUGCCCAAGAAACCUGGCCAAGUCUGUGACUGUUGAGUAAACACUUCCUGAUCAAUGCCCCAAACACACACUCUCUCUUACACACACACACACACACACACACACACACACACACACACACACACACACACACACACACACACACACACACACACACACACACACACACACACACACACACACACAUACAUAUAUGCGCAAGUACAGAAUAUCAAAACAUGAAGACAAUGAGUUUUAUACAUGCCAGCUUUCAUCGAACGGUCCUAAAGAACCUGAGGUGUUCCUCCUAUAACUGUAUCUCGUCUCAGAGCAUGAAUCUGGCUUCAUAUCAUUGCUGUUGACUGGAAUGUGAUUUAUUUUUGUCUUUUAGUGGUGGCGUGGUAUGGGGUGGCGACACUAGAUGUCACACACCGUGUGGCUUAUAACACGCUUCUAUUACAGCUGUUUAUUGCUCUAUUCAUAAUUUUAGAUUGUCCCAGAAAGACAUCUAGAUGCUUCUCAUCAAAUACACAUGCAUUUGUGUAGCAAAGAUGGCGUUCCAGUUUGCAUUCAGUGCUUAGUG